AUGAGGAAGACAAAGCAUUCCUGGGCAGCCGUGGCGGGAAGAGGCAACAAGGGGGAGAAAACAGCUGAGGAAAAUGCAAGAAUACUGCCCAAGGCCACAUAUGAGGAGAGAAAGAAGCAGGAGGCAAAGAGGAAAGGGACACUGAAAACCUUGGCAGGCAAAUUGCUAAAGACUGUGGUUGGUGGGAAGGAGACAAUGAAGAAGGCUGGCGGUGAGGAUGUGGCAGGGAGUUUGCUAAAGAUACCAACCAGUAGGAAGGGAGCAGAGAGAGGGACACCUGCAGAGGAAACCAUCUGCAUAUGCAUUGAGCAAGGAAAAUUUUUGGAAGCUUGUGAUCAUAUUUAUAAUCUGAAGCAUUCUGGAAAUGAUGGUGUGCGAAAAUCUGAAUCACUUUAUGCGCUGCUGGCUGAACGAAUGUGGACUGUGGUGGAAGAAGUGCUCAGUGGAAGUGGUAGGAUGUUCCUGGAGCCAUUGCAGUCAGUGGGGGAGUCACUGAAGUGGGAGAAGCAGAAGGAAGCAGACUGGCUUGGCAACAGCCAAGGAAUGGAUUCUGUUUCCACCUGGAGUCCAAACUUCUGGAGGAAAGAUCUGGAGGAAAAGCUGAUACAGUACGUGACAGCCCAGAUUCCCCUGUUUGGUUCCCCUGCUAACACAGAUGAUACUGCACUAAAACAGCAUCUGAGUCAUCUAGAAACGACAUUUCUCCCCAGCCUGGAACACAGAAGUGACAUCUUCAAGGAAGCAGGACUGCUUGUCACCUAUGCCCGCUGCUGUCGUACCUCUUUGUGUUCUCACCUUUCCACACUUACUGACAGUAACCAUUUCAGCUUCAGCCAAUGUCUUUUAAUUUAUGAAUGGGGCCUUAAAAUAUACAAAAGUGGCAGCAAGGCAUGUCUGAGACCCAGCCAGAUCCCCCAGCACAACCUUUCCCUUGAUGGACAGUAUCUCGUGUGGAUUAUUUUGAAGACUGAGGAAAAGUUACUUGCAGUCACACGGAAGGAAGUAGGGAAAGCCCUGAAAGAAGCCUUUGAUAUUGGGAAACCCCCUUGUACAGAUGCCGCAGUCAUUCAGAUACUAACAGAGAAGACAGAGGCUGCCAGGCGUGUCAGCGAGAGCCUGAGUGAGAAGGUGGAAGCUGUGUGCCUGGAGCAGUGCCUGAGGUUCCUGGAGAGCUAUGAAGAUGAAGUAAGAAGCUUUCUCCAGCUUGAUGGCUGCCCACCAAUCUGCAGCAGCUUACGAAUCCUAGAGAACUGCUGCCUUCUCAGGACUGUCUGGCUUAAGCUAACAUACAUUUGCAGUGCCAGCACUAGCCAGGAUCUUAAGGUAAAUGGAUUUCUAGACAGGAUGGAAGAUGACAUUACAGAGCGUUUUCUGCAGACAGUCACUUCUAAAGUCAAGGGAACACUGAAGAAUCACUUCAAAAAGUGUGACAGUGGUUUUGGCCACAUUCUGGAAUCCUUAAAGCAAAGCUUUUUGGCCUUUGGGAAGAAACAAACAGAUAUGUAUGAGGCCCUCGUCCAGGCUGUCAAUGCCAUUGUUAUUACAGAAUAUGUGCAGGCUCUCCUGACCACUCCCAGGAAACCAUCUUCUGUGCAGAGGAGGAAGGUUGUCAACAAGAUAGAAGAAGAUCAUAGGAUGAUGCAAGCCAUCUUUAAAGAGUGCUUAGGUCCUGCAGCUGGUCCCCUCAAGGAUCCCAUAAAAGCAAUUUUAGAACUUAUUCAAGCUUCCGAUGCGGAGGGGAUGGAAAUAGCUCUUCUGCCCAUUCUCAAAGAAUUUCCUGAGCUCAGGAAGGAACAUCUGAGUGCGGUGCUGGACCUCAAAGACUCACUCGGCCGAGAAGACAGAACUGCUCUCUUGAAGGCAUUUGAAGAUAAUUGCAGGGAAUCAGAAACAGAAGCAAACUUACUUUUUGCAGAUAUAGAAGUAAAACCUAGAAAAUAUGGGCUCUGUGGCUGCCUCUGCUGUUAGCAAAGGCCUGCUGUGACAAACGUGAAGCCUUGCUCCCAUGUGGCAGCAUCUGCAAUCACAACUCCUUGAAAGCAUCAGGGACCCAUGCAGCUGGACAUAUGGAGAAGCCUGUCAGCUAUGGAAGACACAGUUCCUGCAUUUUUGCAGGAAAGCCACGUGGCUCAAAUCCUAAUCUUCUAUGCAAAAUCCAGGAGGGAGAUGGAUGGGAUAUGGCAGAAAGACAUUCCUCCAAAAUUUCCUAGAGAUUGCCACUUAGCUGAGUCCUAGUAGUUAUUCCCAGGAUGUGGCAUUGUGGCAUGUGUGAAGGAGGAAGGUUCACCCUUACCAAAUUUCUCUCUGUUUCCAUCCCUUGUUUCCUGCAAUCUCACAUGAAACCAGGGACUGCUGCACCACACGUUGUCCUAGUGUUGCAACCUCCUGAGGGACUUGGGAUCCUCUUGGGGAAUCCUGCCUAGCCCAUCGUGCUGGGAGUGCUUGCUGGUCUGGGCACCUUGAUCCACCCCCCCGAAGCCUGACCCAUACCAGGAGGGGUGCAGACAGAGCUGCCUCUCCCCUCACUCACAAAGGCUGUGACCUGCUUCGGGGGCAGCCUGCCAUGGUGGGCUGUGGGAUGGGGAGCACUUCCUGUAUGAGUUUUACAGCUGGCUCUGGAGCAUAGUCUUGCAUUCAUUUUUAUCCCUUGGUUACUGGAAAUUUCCUCUUGGAGAGGGAGGAGAAAGCCUCAUGGGAAGCAGGCAGUGAAAGGAGCUGUUUGUCCGAGCCUUAGGGCAAGGUCUCUGCUAGUUUUCAGAUGUAAAUAGGCAGUUCUGACAGGAAAACACUGACUUUUCUUCCCAGUUAUCUAUGGACUGGUCACAACCUCCAAGCUGGAUGUGGUUCAAGGCCCUCCUUUGCUAUUGUGUGAAAACAGGCCAUUAAUGCUCCUCUCUGACAGCAUAAACAAGCAAAAGAACUCUGCCUCAUAUGUGCCAGUGCUUUUCUGAGCUGCCAUUUUCCCUCGAAUCUGCUUCCCUAACAAGUAAAGGGGAAAAUCUGUGCAUAACCUGUCAGUGUGUGAGGCAGCAGAUGUGUCAUGCCCUGGGACCCAGGGAAAGCGCAGACCUGGUGGGU